CUGCCACUUCAAAUCCAUUUGCAUUCCUCUACUACUUUGCUAAGUCACACACACAAAAAGAAAAACAAGUUUUUUUCCACACCCUUUUCCUAACCUUUAAAUUCAAAUAAAUUGUCUAUAGAAAUGAAGAUGAGCAAUGCUGGUUGUGCAAGUCAUGAGAGCUCAAAGAAGAAAAUGUCAAGUCGAAAACUCGGAAAGUUUCUUAAGGAGCAAAGAGGGAGGCUUUACAUAAUGAGAAGAUGUGUAGUCAUGCUUCUUUGCUGGCAUGAUUGAUAAUGAAAAGGGCUGUCAAUGCACUAUAGUUUCUACAUAGUGGUUCGAAGAAGGCCAAAGUCUAUCGCACGCAGUUGAACCACAACAUAAUGAAAAAUUCCACCAAAAGGGGCAGGCCCAGAGCGGAGAUUUCCAUCGG